CUUACUAUGAUGUCUGGCUGAUGUUCCUUCACCUUGCCCUCGACUUCGUCUAUCUCUUGGGGGGGCGUCAGCGCCUUGACUCAAUCUUUGAAGCGAACGAGACCGCGGUACUCACUAUCGCAGUUUGCGACGUGCUCGAUCGUGUAGCGAUCCUUGAGUUCUUCGACGACGCGUCCAACAAGGCGCUUCGCUCGCUCGGGUGCAGUGUUCACCGUCACCAGCUUGUACGGACCCUUGGGUGCCAUCGCGCGGGGUUGUGUUCCAGGUGACGAGUAAUGAUGCCGUGGGUAUGCGAAUGGAGUGACUAGUAGCUUGCCGAAGGGUCCGGCCUGCGUUGGAUGAGAGUGUGCCAAAUGGGAUGUUAUUCGAUGAUGCUUGGGGAGAGGAGGCUGUGUAUCAGUGAACCUUUCGAUGAUCUGCCGGUCAUCGUUGCCGGUCAUCGUUGCCGGUCAUCGUUGCCGACGCCCACUGAUUGCAACCGUAUACCCUGGCCAUAUGCUGUCGGACAGGUGGUGCCGCAUAUCGCGCACAGAUCGCACCCAAUACCCGCUCGUGGUCAUGGCUAGAUUGACCCAUCUUGGAAAAGGCGUAAUAUGCUCUCGGAUAUCUCGGCCCGUUCAUUCACCUGCCAACACGCUCGUCAGUGGCGUUCAUUCGAUUUGCAGUACCCAGUGGGAUCCUCCCCCGCUUCUUCCGGUCCGAUGUGGGGGAUCUUCGGAGGGGGCAUUAAGGAGUCGCCGGGAACUUCAUCCAAAUCAUCGGUUGAACUGCUGAACUCAGUUGCAACUACUCCCAAGGAUUCUUUCGCAACGGACUUUUACCUUCGUGAUUUGUUUUUUCCUUCCAGGUCCUAGAUUCUCCAU